AUGCCUUCGUUCCUAAUGAGAACUUCACACGGUCUCAUCAGCAUCUACGACUCAAAUCUCAAGAACGACCAGCCCGCCCUCCUUCUCCUACACGGCAACGCCCCAUCCUCCAAACAAUUCCGCCAUAUCAUCGAGUCCCCCACUAUCAACAAGGGCUGGCGCAUCGUUACUCUAGACCUCCCCGGCCACGGCUGCUCGUCCAAUGCCCCUGAUGCUGUACGUACCCCUAAGUACCUCGAAAAGUACUGUAUUACGUUACGUUGGACACGCUGCAAGACAACGUACUGUCACCGCGGCUACGCCGACCUCGUUAUACGUGUCUUGCAGCACCUCAGAAUCGAGUCUGUGGUGCUCAUGGGCUGGAGUCUGGGUGGUCACAUCGCAAUCGAGAUGCUUCCUUGUCUCGCUCAUGACGAUCCUCCCAUGGUGGAAGAUGCUCCUCGGAUCAGCGUCAAAGGGCUCAUGCUUAUCGGUACCCCUCCCUCGGGUGGCGCCGAGCAGAUGGCCCAAGCGUUCAAGAUGCCGGCUGGUGGUCUUACCUUCGCGGGGAAUAGAAAUUGGGUCAAUCUGGAGGCUGAGCUUUAUUUGAGACAUGGUGUGGCCGCGGGCAAGGAAGAGUUCUAUGAGAGGUGGAUGUUGGAGGAUGCGAAGAGGACGGAUGGGCGCGCGACAGUCUUCAUUGCUGAUGCCGCGACUGGGACGAAGGAUUGCCCGCCCAAGGGUUGCGAUCAGAAGCGUGUGGUGGAGGCGACUGAUGUGUUGAUCGCGGUCGUGAACGGAAUGGAAGAUCAGUUUGUCAACCUGGAUUAUAUCGACGAGGAGGUGAAGUGGAAAAGGCUCUGGAGGGGUGAGUGCUUGGGCUUAUCUGGGCUUGGGCAUGCGCCAUUUUGGGAAGAUGCGGCAGGAUUGGAGAAGGUGUUGGAGGAGUUUUUGGACGAUUGUGAGGAGUGGGAGGGUUCGGAUUGUGAUUCUGCUGUAGGUAUUUAG